AUGUCAUCUCAAUCUGAUACACCUUGGUCUGACGGGGAGAAGUAUUUCUUACUUACGGAGAUUCUUAAAAAUGCUGGUAUUCAUUCCAGUCAUCUCCUUCAAGUCAUCAAUGACUAUGGUAUCAAUCCCAACUGGGAUGAUAUUCCCUUACCACCAGGUCGCUCGUUAAAUUCUUGCAGAGUGGCUUUUUCCAAUAUGCAAAUGGAAUCGCAAAGACAGCAGCAGCAGCAGCAUCAACAUCAUCAACAUCAACAUCAUCAGCAUCAACGACAUCAGUCUACAUAUCUGCCCGCUCCUUCACUAGCUACAGCUUUGGCUCCUGCUCCUUUAGCAACUUCGAUUCCGCGACCAGAAAUGACUGGGUCAACUCUACCUGUAGAUCCAACACUUCGUAAGCGACCAUACCCUGACAAACCGCUUCCACCGCGCGCAAUUCAACCCAAGCCGCCCACCAGCACUGCUUCUAUCAGUAGUGAAAGCUCAGCUCAGCUAUCUCCACGCCUAGACAGUGCUGCCGCCGGUGAGCCUCCGCGCAAACGAGGACGUCCAAGUAAAGCCGAAACAGAAAGGCGCAAAAGAGCUGCCGAGGCUCGUGGUGAAGCCUAUCCGCCUCCCAGGAGGUCGAACUCCAAUAGAAUCAAGAUCCCACCCUCACCGACCAGUCCAGGACGUUUGAUCCCAUUUGCGCAGUCCAAUAUCGCAAUGGCGCAGAAUCAAAAUCAAAAUCGAAAUCCGAGCUCAGUACUAUACAAUCCACCAGGCCGACUCGUUCCCGUACCAAAUCUUUCUGUCGAUGAUCGUCAAUUGCCAAACAGAAGCAUGGGCCCUAAUUUGCGAGAGUUGCCUCGACCAGAGAUCGGUCAUCCUCUUCCCUCGCCACACGCCCUGCAACUAGGUCCACCAGACUCUUUUCCUCGCUCAAGCAAUCCUGGCGAGCGGUCUUCUUUCGGUGCACUGCCACCAGACAGGUUUUCGCCAGAUAGCUGUCGCCGUGAUUCGGUGACUAGUCGUGGUGAGCCGACACCAUAUACAGAACGAAAAAGCACAACGCCAGGCGAGAAACCUAGGUGA